GUUACCGAUAUUAUCGAUGGACACGAAAGAACUAAUUCUCCGCAAACGAUUCCCGAUGAUCGAUGCCGAAACCAUGGAGUCUUUAGUAACAAUAUCCAGUCGAUUGCAGCAAACAGCAACGGACUCGCGCGAUGUCAAAGCGAAUGAUCUGAAACUGUCCAUGCGACAGCUCGUGCGUAUUGCCAGACACGCCGAACAGUUCCCGAAUGACUUGAGAGAAGUUGUGGAACGUACCGCUUUGUCCCGCUUUCUGCCCACGGCCAUUCGAGACGCUUUGGAUGACACGUUGACACUCGCAGGUGUCAGCGAACCGAUUUCAACCAUCAAUGAAUACACACCGUUGAAAAUUGAAUACGAUUCUGAACUUCAGACUGGCGUGAAAACGCACGUGCGCAUUGGCGAGGAUGUAAGACACCCCGUUGCCAUGCCAACCAGCCCACACCUGGUCCCUCAUGUCGUGUUUUUUGACAUCCCAAGCCAUCUGCGUAUCAUUCGCGAUAUUGUUAAGGACUUUGCAAUCGGGAAUCGACACGUGCUGCUCAUAGGCAACCAAGGCACCGGCAAGAAUAAAGUCACGGAUAGGCUGCUCGAGGUGUUGGCGUUGGAGAGAGAGUACAUCCAGCUGCACAGAGACACCACCAUCCCACUCCCUCAC